CAACAGAAGCAACAACAACAAAGCCACAACAAUGAAUCAACCGGUUUGAAGACCUCUGCCACGCCCCCUAUCCAUUUCCCAGAGCAGAUCCAGUAGAGAUAUUAUCCGCGCACAUCCGCGCGCAUUUGGUAGAAGCGAAAGCCACGGGGAGCUGCUGGAAAGUCUCGUUUACGUGGACCACCUGACCUGACCAGGACCAGACCAAGGAGAAUCUUGAGAAGGAGGAGCUAGCAGCUAGCCAAGAGUGAGCCAUGGACUGGGCCGAAGGCGAUCUGGUUUGGUUCGAUCCGGGGAUGGGUCAUCCCAUACCCGGUGAGAUCCAGGAAGUGCAUCGCGCUGCUCAGGUGAUUGUUGUCCAGGCGCUCAUCAAAGGAAAGAUGCGCAUCGUCCGGUUCCACUUGGAGCCCUGGCAGCGUGGCGGCGGCGGCUCGAUCACCCCCAGUCCCGCCCAGUCGCCAUCGCUGGGCCUGCUCUCGCCCCAUGUCCUGCGCCGCCAGCGCCCGGCCAGCCUCGACGAGGUGGAGGGGGCCGACUUGCCGGCCCUGUCCGCCCACCAUCCGGCCCUGCCCGCCAGUCGGAGGCGCCGCUUAAAGUGCCACCGCUAUCCCCAGGUGGUGAAGCGGCUGUCGACUUUGUGCAGCGAUGUGAUAGCCCGCCAUCCACAGACGUUCGCCCUGCAACCCGGCGAGGGCAACCUGCGCGCCCGCCAGGAUCUGGGCAGCAGUGGGGUGGAGGACAUGACCCUGCUGGAUGACCUGCACGAGGCCUCGCUCCUCUGGAAUCUGCGCCUGCGCUACGACAAGGGCCUCAUCUACACCUUUGCCGGCAGCAUCCUGAUCGCCGUCAAUCCGUACAAGAUGUUCCCGGACGCCUAUGGCCUAGAGGUGGCCAAGCAGUACGCCGGCCGACCGCUGGGAUCCCUGCCGCCGCAUCUGUUCGCCAUCGGAGCAGCGGCCCACGCCGCUCUGCCCUCGCCCCAGGUGGUGGUCAUUUCCGGCGAAAGCGGCUCCGGGAAGACGGAGUCCACCAAGCUGGUGAUGCAGUACCUGGCCGCAGUGGUGCCGGGCGGAGGAUCCGCCUCGGCGGUCAUCACCGAACAGAUCCUGGAGGCGGCACCGCUGCUGGAGGCGUUCGGCAACGCGAGAACCGCCAGGAACGACAACAGCUCCAGGUUUGGCAAGUACCUGGAGGUCUACUUCAAGAGCGGAGCCAUUGUGGGUGCCAAGAUUACGCAGUACCUGCUGGAGAAGUCCAGGAUCGUGACCCAGGCGCCGGGCGAGCGCAACUACCACGUCUUCUACGAGCUCCUGGGCGGCCUGUCCGAGUCGGAGCGCUCCAAGUACGGCCUCCUGGAGGCGGACAAGUACUUCUACCUGAACCAGGGAGCCACCGACUGUGCCAGCGGCCGGGUGGACUGGGAGUCUCUCCAGGGCGCCAUGCAGGUCCUGGGCGUCUCUGAGGGCGAACGCGAAGGCAUCGUCCGUGUCCUGGCCGCCGUUCUGCAUCUGGGAAACGUUUACUUCCAUCGCCGGCAGCUGCGCCAUGGGCAGGAGGGCGUGGAGGUGGGAUCCGAUGCGGAGAUCAAGUGGGCGGCCCACCUGCUGCACAUCAGCGCCGACGGACUGCACCGGGCGCUGACCAGCCGGACGACGGAGGCGCGAGCCGAGCGACUGCAUACGCCGCUGGGCAUCGACCAGGCCCUGGACGCCCGAGAUGCCUUCGCCAAGGCGCUGUACGCCGGACUCUUCAACUGGCUGGUGUCGCGGAUCAACUCGAUCGUCCAGAAGGGCGGCACCCACGACGCCCACCGCAUCAGCAUCCUGGACAUUUUCGGGUUCGAGGACCUGGCCGAGAACAGCUUCGAGCAGCUCUGCAUCAACUACGCCAACGAGAACCUCCAGCUGUACUUCAACAAGCACGUCUUCAAGCUGGAGCAGGCCGAGUACGCCCGAGAGCGGCUCGAGUGGACGCCCCUCGCCUGGGACGACAACCUGCCGGUGAUCCAUCUGCUGGCCAAGAAGCCGGUCGGCAUCUGCCAUCUCUUGGAUGACGAGUCCAACUUCCCGCGUGCCACCGACCUGAGUUUCCUCGAGAAGUGCCACUACAACCAUGCCCUGAGCGAGCUCUACGCCCGUCCCCGGAUCGGCGCCCAGGAGUUCGGAGUCACCCACUACGCCGGCCAGGUGUGGUACUGUGUGGACGGGUUCCUGGACAAGAACCGAGACGCCUUGCGGGGCGAUGUUUUGGAGCUGCUGGCCUCCAGUCGGCUGACUCUAGUCGGGGAGCUGACCAAGCAGCUGCGCGCCCAGCGGGAUGCCGGAAAGACCCUUCCCAAGGGUAGCAAUGGACGAUUCGUGACCAUGAAGCCGAGGACUCCGACUGUGGCGGCCCGCUUUGCCGACUCCCUGCAGCAGCUGCUCCAGUCGAUGGGAAGGUGCCAUCCGUGGUUCGUGCGCUGCAUCAAGCCCAACCAGGAGAAGCACGCCCUCCGCAUGGACAUGCCGUGCGUGCUCCAGCAGCUCCGCUAUCUGGGCAUGCUGGACACCAUCCAGAUCCGGCAGCGCGGCUACCCGGUGCGACUCCGCUUCCAGCACUUUGUGGAGCGGUAUCGACAUCUCCUGGCCAGUCCGCUGGCUAGGGGUACCCCCUACCGGGAGCUGUGCCGCGUCCUCCUCGAGGCCAUGCCGCGCACCGGAGUCGAGGGCCCCGACUACCAGCUGGGUGCCACGCGGGUGUUCCUGCGCGAGGCCCUGCACCGCGCCCUGGAGAGCGGCCGGACGGAGCGGCUCCGGCGGGCGGCUGUUAGUGUCCAGCGCCACGUACGAGGUAUGCUGGUGCGCCGCCAGCUGGCGCGUCGUGAGACAGCGGCUACGAAGCUGCAAGCCCGUUGGCGCGGUCAGCGGGAGCAGCAGCGCUACCGGAAUCUGCGCAAGGGCGCCCUCACCGCCCAAAGACUGUGGCGCGGGCGCCAGGCCAGGAGAAGGGUGCAGCAACUCCGCUCGGAUCACCGCCGGAGGCAAGAAGCUCGCGAAGCAGCACAGCGGGCGCGUGAGGCCCGGGAGGCGAAGCAGGCGGUGCUGGAGAGAAGCCAGCUGAGCUACCUGGACAUACCCGCCGAGCUGGCCUUCAUCUACUCCAAGCUGCAGGGCUGGUCACCGCCGCACGGCGAUCGGAAUCUGGUCAAGGUCCUGGGAACGGUGCCAGGACCUCCAAACGCCGCCAUGCAGCUGCCCGAGGAUCUGGCCCAGUUCUCCUUCGGAAAGUUCAGCAGCGUCUACUGCAACGGCAUGAGGCUGCAGCCGCGGCGGGAGCCCAUCACGGCGCCCUUCCUCUCCAGAGCCGCGUCGCGGGAUCAGGACUUCCAGGACGCUCUGGCCGUGUUCAAGCUGAUACUGCGAUGGAGCAACGACAAGUCGCUGGAGGGCGCCAAGGAGAAGCUCCUGGCCGACUACAUCGUCCACAAGGCGCUGAGCUCGCGCGGCCUGAGGGACGAGAUCCUGGUGCAGCUCUGCAACCAGGUGCACGGCCUGCCGCCCACCUCCACCGAGGCCACCAGGCUGUGGCAGCUGCUCGGUCAGUGCCUCUGCUGCUUCCAGCCCAGCGCCGCCUUCAGCAAGUAUCUGAUGCGCUUCGUGGACGACGAAGCUCCUCCGAAUCUCCGGCCGCUGCUCCUCCGCCAGCUGCUGCGCCAGUCCGGCUCCGGGAGCCAGGCUGCGGGCGGCGGUGCGGGUAGGAGCUUCGUGCCCGCCUGGCUGGAGUGGCGCGCCUGGACGCGGGGCUGCGACAUGGCCCUGCCCCUCACCCUGCCCGACGAGGCCAGCCAAACGGUGGCCGUCGAUUCCUGGACGAGCUGCGAGGAGGCCGCCGCCCUAGCCGUCUCCUCUCUGGGCGUCUCCAGCCGGGGCUGGACUCUAGUCCUCGACGACGGCCAGCAGCUGACCGAUAGCUGCGGACUGGACUACGUCAUGGAUCUGAUCGCCGAGAAGGAGCUGUGUCCGGCCUUCCCAGCUCCCAGGAGCGACCUGCUCCGCUCGGGAGCCAAGUUCGCUCGGACCCCGCUGCCGGAGGCCGUGAAACGUCCGGCUGUACCGCCUCCAGCCCCGCCCACUGCGGGCGCCAAGGAGGAGAUGCCACGGGAGCGACGCAGCAGCCGGGAGCUCUUGUCCCGCAGCUCGGCCCUCAACGAACGAUACUUUGAAAGGGAGCCCAGUCCAGGUCCGGGCACGAGUUCCGGCCAGAGCCAGGCCAAGUCGCGCUCCAAGUCCCUGGACGACUUGCUGGCCGGAGACAUUGCUCCGGUGCAGACGGACUGCGACUCCCAGGAGCCGCUUCACACACUCGGACUCUCGGAGAGUCGCCUCAACGAUCGCUACCACUCCGCGGAGCGACUGGCUCCGAUGGGCAAGGAGACGGCGCCGCGCUACCAGAAGUCCCAGCACGCCGGUAGGAGAUCCCACGCCGCCUCCCAUGGCUCCCACUCAAGCAAGUACGCCGACAAAGCGGAGUACGCCACCCGAUCCUCCGCCAUGUCGGACACCAGUGAGGCGCCGUCCCUGGCCUCGCACGUCCGUCGGGUGAGAGUGCCCUCGCAGGCCUCCGAUGUGGACCAGUUUCUGGACGACUUGUUCAGCCCGGUGCUCGAUGGUUCCCUGGACGAGCUAUCAGAUGCCAGAUCCUUGGCAGCCAGCAUCCGGGGAAGCGGAGUUAAGAAACAGGAGGAGGAGGAGGAGGACUUCGACUUGGAAUCGGAAUCGGAAAUCGAAGACCUGGAUGACUACAUCAACGAACUGAUGCCCAGCCACUUGGAAAACCUGUAUAACCUGAAGGACAAGGAGCACCUGGUGGUCGCCAUCAAGGGAGGCGGCAGCACCGACAGCAACGGGGCGGAUCCCCUGCUCCAUCAACUGAUGCAACUACCGGCGGAGACGGACUCCGCCCCGGCCCUCUACCAGCAGCAGGUGCAGCGCGCCUUCCUCCAGUCGGCCAUGGCCCAGAAUCUCCAAAUCCAGCAGCAGCUCCUGGCCCAGAACCAGGCGCUCCAGACCCUGCUCAGCCAGCAGGCAGCAGCCGCAGCGGCGGCCACCAGUUCUGCCUCCCCACCGCCGCCCCCUGUAUCGGGAUCCGCAGGAGUUCUGAGUAGCCUUUCCAUCUCGCCGCCACCACCGCAAUCCCCACUGCGGAUGAAGACCACACGGAGCAGUCUGGUGGUGAUGGAAUCUAUGCAGCCACCGGCACCGCCACCACCGCCACCAAUGCCGCCACCACUGGAGUGCAAGGAUCCUUCGGAGACGCGACACUUCCUGGAUCCCUACGGGCGGGCCAAGACCGUGCGGAUCGGCAAGUGGCGCUGGCCGCCGCCGCAGGAUGAGCCCCAGUUCCAGACCGAGGAGGACUUCUUCGCCUUCAAGAUGCGCCAGCAGCAGCGGAAGACCACGCCCCAGGCCCAGCACCAUUCACACCACCAGGUGGCUCUCAACGGUGGUCCAGGUGGCGCCUCCGCCACGGCUAUCGAAUGGGAGGAGUUCGAGAUCGAGAGCCCGACGCCGCCGCCGCUGAUGGGCGGCCAGCCGCAGCUGAUGCGGAGCAGUAUCCGGCUGGAGACGAGUACCAGUACCACCACUGCCAUCACCACCACCUCGGGAGCCGGUGCCGGCAGAGAUAUGCAGGAUGCGGGCGGGGCACCGCCACUCCAGAGUGUCGUCACAACCACGAAGCUGGCCAAGAAGAGCUUCGAGAUCGGAGCCGACCGCCCGCCACCCGGCAGCGUGGGCAAGCUGAAGCUCAGCUCCGAGAUGCGCCAGCGACUGGAGCAGGUGACGGCGGGCCACUCGGUGCGCUCCACCGUCUCCACCAAGUCGGAGCAGCGGGCGCCGGCCAAGCUGGAGGACACCCGGAAGCUGAUGCUCCAGCAGCAGCUCGGAGGCCUCUUCGCCAGCGUGAGUGGCGGCGCCGGAGGCGGUGGCUCCGCUCCUGGUGGCUCCAACGAACCGCAUGCCAUCCCCGUGCGCGCCCAGAUCGAGCGGAUGGAGGGCAAGCUCUCGCCGCCGCCAGCUCCACCCUCGGGCGGGUGGCCUGGAGUGCUCCUGCCACCGGCUCCGAGUGUUCCAGCACCGCCGCCGCCCAUCCGGCCACCCAGCAUGGCCCCGCCAGCCCCUCCGCCGGCCCCCCAGAGUCCUCCGACCACUAGGAGCCCGGAACCGGAGCCGGACUACCGGAUAGCCGGCGCCAAGGAGCACGUGCCGGCCUUCAUCCAGCGCCAGGAGCGCGACACCUUCGGGGCAGUGCGUCCGCAGCAGCACCAUCCGAUGAUGAACAGCAGCAGCCACCAUCUGCACCUGGAGGAGCACCAUCACCAUCACAACCACUCCGCAUCUUCCUCGCCGGCGGCAGCUGGGUGGGAGCAGGCGGAGCGGGAGCGAUCCCGCAGCCGGAGCCGAAGCCGCGACCGUGAGGACUACUCCGAGUCCGUGUGGGACCGGGCGGAGGUGGAGGGUCCUGCCUCGGGCAGUGGCAGCGAGAAGGAGCGCGAGAAGCGGGAACGCGAACGGGAGCGGCUCUACGAGCUGCGCCAGGUGGAGCGGGAACGGGAGAGUCACAAAGUCUACCAGCCGGCACCUCCGCGCGUCAUCCAGGCCAGUUUGGACAACACCGGAAGGAGGGAGCGAGAACGGGAAAGGGAGCGGGAGCAGGAACGCGGCCCGGCCACCUUCCGCACCCACAUGGCCCAGAAGUACGAGCACGAGCGGAAGCGCAAGAGCUCGGCCAGCUCCGGGAUGCGUGAGGAGCUGGACUCGAUGCGUUCACUGGCCACGACGCCGCCGGCAGUCAUCGUCCCGGCCCCAGUGCCGCCUCCGCCCGCCGUCAGCCCGGGUCCGGGCUCUGGGGCGGGAGCCAGCAGUGCCUGUCUCACCUACAACCGGGUGCCGUGGAAGCUGCGCGUCCGCAAGGAGGUCUUCCAGCCGCACGAGCCGAUCGGUCCGCCGGUGGCCCUGGAUCUGCUCUUCGCCCAGGUGCUGGGCGACGUAUUCGGGGUGACACCCUGCCUCCGGAUCACGCCCCAGGAGAAGAGCUCCGCCCUGAACAUGCUCCACGGGCAUGGAGUCAGUGUGGACACAUUGUCGGCGAGGAACACUGGAGGAGCCGGUCAGCAGGUUAGGGCUCUGGUGAAGCGCCACCUGGUGGACAUGGCACGCGACUGGCCACUGUACUUCGCCCGCCUGUUCGCCGUCCAGGGCGCCCCCCUCUACCCGGACGUGAGCAUCAUGGGCGUCUCUCACAGCGGCCUGUACCUGGCCCGGCGGGACGCCGACUACCUGAUCGUGGUGCAGGCCAUCUCCUUCGGGGAGAUCCAGAGCGCCGUCACCCUGCCGCGUCCGGCGGCCCUGCAGCUCAACCUGAGGAACGGCAAGCACCUGGCGCUCCACGCCGCCCGGGCAGCCGCCAUCCAGUCGAUGGUCACCACUUUUGUCCAGGAGUUCCGUAAGUCCCAAUCAAAGGCCUCAACUCUGUCGUCGGGCGCACGGGCCGCAGCCCAGACCCUGAAUGUGCCGCUGGAACGCCUGGAGUCCCGCCAGGCGCACAACCAGCGCAACGAGCACGGCGUGGAGGGCUCCUCCUCUCGCCAGAACGACUCCCAGCAACAGCAGCAGCAACAAUCCUCCAAUCAGAUGCAAUCGCUGCACCACCAACAGUCCGAGCUGCACCACCACCUGCAGCACCAGCAGCAGCUGGAGCAGGAGGCCCUGGAGGAGCAGCAAAUCGCCUCGGAGCAUCAGCAACAGCAACACCAGCAACAGCGAUUCCUCAAGCAGCAGAGCUAUCUGCACUCGGCACGGAAAUCGAAUGCCGGCCAGCAGCCAUCCUCCCUCACCAACGGACAGAGUCAUCACCAGCAACAGCAGCAGCAGGAGCAACUGCAUCAGUCCCUGCCGCAUCACGAUCUGGACGCCAACUAUCUGCAGGAUGAGAGCAAUGGCGGUACUCCGCCCUCCGUCACCAAGUACUCGCUGCUCCAGUUUGCGAUGCAACAUUUCCGUAAUGACCAAUUGAGAGAUGCGGAUCGUCACCAUGAGAGGCAUCAGUCUGCCGCGAAUCGUUCGUACGCGGAGCUCGUCAAGUGGCAAGGACAUGCUAUCAGGUUGCCCCUUCUUCGGCUGCCCAAUGAUCUGGCGCCCCUGGCUCUGGAGUGCUUCGACUGCAUUCUGCGCUAUUGCGGCGACAUACCCCUGGAUCCCGACCUCACCGAGGUCAAGUGCGUCUACACUGUGCUCAUGCACUGUCACAAAUAUCUGGCCCUCCGCGACGAGGUCUACUGCCAGCUGAUGAAACAGACCACGGCCAAUAGAUCACCCUGCCCGGAUAGCUCGCAGCGCGCCUGGCGACUCCUCAGCAUACUGGCCGCUUACUUUGGCUGCUCGGAUGCACUGCGUCCGUACUUAAUGGAGCAUCUGACCUCGGCUGCCUCGGACAGGAGGCGUUCCUGCCAUGGAACCGCCGCCGUUUGCCUCACGAAUCUCCGGAAGACGGCACGCUGUGGCGGCCGAAAGAAUGUGCCCAGCGUGGAGGAGGUCACGGCCGUGUCGGCUGGAAGAUCGGCUCGUCGCCAGAUCUACCGACUGCCGGGAGGAGCAGAGCGAGUGGUGAACACCCGCUGCUCCACCGUGGUGGCCGAUGUCAUCGCGGAGUUGUGCGCCCUCCUCGGCGUGGAGUCCGAGGCCGAACAGCAGGAGUUCUCGCUGUACUGCAUCGUCCAGGGCGAUGCCUUUACCAUGCCCCUGGCUGCGGAUGAGUAUAUUCUGGAUGUGACCACGGAGCUGCUGAAGUCCGGCCAGCCCUUCUACCUGAUCUUCUGCCGAUCCGUGUGGCACUUUGCUCUGAAGCGGGAGCCCGCUCCGAUGCCACUCUACGUGGAGGUGCUCUUCAAUCAGGUGGCUCCCGACUACCUGGAGGGUCUGCUGCUGGAGCUGCCGGGCAACGGAGUGCCCGUGCCGGAGAUGGUGCGCGACAUGGCCCGGAUAGCCGCCCUCCUACAUCGCGCCGCCGACCUGAGCCACGUUCCGGCCAUGAAGGAGAUCAAGUUCUUGCUGCCCAAGCCGGCGCUGGGCAUUCGCGAGAUCCGUCCCGCCCAGUGGGUGGGCCUGGUGCAGUCCGCUUGGCCGCAGGUGGCUGGUCUGAGUCCCGGCCAGGUGAAGGCCCAGUUCCUGAAUGUCCUGGCAGCUUGGCCGCUCUUCGGCAGCAGUUUCUUUGCCGUGAAACGUAUCUGGGCGGAGGAGGGUCCCCACGUGGAGGACAAUCACAGUCCCAUGUGGCGUGACCUCAUCCUGGCGCUGAAUCGAAGGGGUGUGCUCUUCCUGGAUCCCAAUACCCAUGAGACCCUGCAGCACUGGAGCUUCAUGGAGGUUAUAUCGACACGAAAGGUUCGUUCGGAGGAUGGCGCUCUCUUCCUGGACAUGAAGGUCGGAAAUCUGAUGCAGCAGCGCGUGAUCCGCGUCCAGACGGAGCAGGCUCACGAGAUCUCCCGCCUGGUGCGACAGUACAUCACCAUGGCCCAGAUCAGUCAGCGGGACAAGCGGGAACUCAACUAAUCCUCCCUCCAGAGCAACGAACGAACGCCCCAUAUAUUAUUAUUAUUAUUAUGAUUAUGAUUAUUAUUAUUACGAUUAUUAUUAUUAAUUAUUAUGAUUAUUAUUAUGCUGAUUAUUAUUAUUUUAUUGAUAUUCGAUCGAGUUACCCAAACAUUUUUUUGUCAUUUUGUAAGACUCCCCCUUUUUUGUGACCAGAUCGGUAGAACCUUUAUCCUUUCCACGCCAUAUAAGAUCCCCAUUCUUUAUCUUUUUUUUUUGUAUCCUUUUAAAGAAACCCAAUAUUUUUAAGGAAACUAUGUGCAAUCCAAGUCCAGAAAUCCAAGUCGCUCUCCGAGUCCAAAAUCCCACUUGCUAUAGUCUUUCCGAUAUCCGCCUCCUCCAACUCUGUUUAGCAUUUAAGAUUAGCAAAACUUGACAUUUAUUAUUAUUAUUUUACCAUUUUUUUUGAGACAUUUGUUAAAACGAAAAUUGCUUAGCUUAAUCCCUAAAAAAAAAAGAAUCAUUAUCAUAAAUAAAUACAAUUUAUAUUAUGUAUAUCUAUC